ACGAGUCAGUCAGUGUCGCCUCGUGCCCUAGCGGAAAACAGCAGCAGGUGUUUCGCAUCUCAACCUACCCGCCGCCGCCGCCGCCGCUAAUCUCAACAACGUUCGUCCGUCCGUCGGGGGGAGAGGAGAGGAGAAGAGAAGAGAUGAAGCCGGUGGUGGGGAUCGUGGUUUCGAACAAGAUGCAGAAGUCGGUGGUAGUGGCGGUGGACCGCCUCUUCCACAACAAGGUGUACAACCGCUACGUCAAGCGCACCUCCAAGUUCAUGGCGCACGACGAGGCCGAGACCUGCAACAUCGGCGACAGGGUUAGGCUGGAUCCUUCUAGGCCGUUGAGCAAAAACAAGCAUUGGAUUGUUGCCGAGGUUCUUCGCCGAGCUAAGAUGUAUGUUGCGCCGCCACCUGCACCAAAAGCUUCUGGUGCCACAACUCAACAAACUAGUACCAAGUCAUCUGCCUGAAGAUCCUCAGAGCCCAACACAUACAUGUCUUUCAGAAUCUCUCUUCUGUACUGACCGACAGCAUGUCCAGAACCAUCUGACUGAAUAAACAUCGGCUGUUAUGAACUGGUGGUUUUUGUGGUGCUCAUCAUGUUCAGCUUAUCA